GCGGUGAGGGUGGGCUCGGCCUGGGAUUCCGAGGACCCCCGGGUGACCCACGCGGUCUCGAGAUUGUUUUCUGAGAACUUUGCUCGGGGCCGUCGGCACACGUGGGGGCUUUAGGUUCCUCCUGCCUGGGCUGUCCAUAUAUUUCCCCAUCUUGUGUACUGUUUGAUUUUUGACGGGACAUCCCACAUAACAUAAGAUUCAGGCAAAUUUUUCUAAAGGUGGUAUUUCUUCAACAGCGACGAAAGUCUUCUAAUUGGUGUACUGGGCUAUAGUAAAGGUGUACACUCUGCAACCUCAGUUUGAAACUAGUUCCCUCGGUAUGCUCGCUGCAUGGAGAGAGAGGAAGUUGACUUUUAGCUUCCAAAGCCACUGUCAGGCCUUUAAUAAUCCUUAAAUAAUAAAUCCUUAAAUCCUUUAAUAAUCCUUUAAUAAUAAUAAGGUGUCACGUGGCUUAAUCUGUUUUAUUUUGAUGUUGCCUAAAGUAAACAAUUUUUUCAAGUUUGUCACCAUCAGGUUAUCUGAAUUUAUAGCUUAAGAAAGUGAUUUAAGCUGGGUAACUAUUGCACCCUUUAAUGCCUUUCUGUUAACAUAUGCCUAAUGAAUUUUGUUCACUUAGGAGCAGAAUCCUUAAGAUGAGCGAAACUUUCGUAGUGGGUAAAGAAACUAUCUUGGCUUUUAUAAGUAGUAAGAAUAGUAACUGCUUAUUUGAAAGGCAGUGAGUGGUGGGUAGAGCGUCCAUCCUCUGAGCCGGAAUGUGGAUGCCAGGGCUGGGCGGAAGCCCACAGUCCUGUUUCCCAUGUCAGUACCUGGGGCCCAGGUACCUGAGCGGCUACUUACUGUCCUGCAGAGCCUGCAUUAAUGAGGCGCUGCCUUCCCUGGCCGAGCCAAGGCCUUGGCCAGGGCUCUCGGAUGUGUGGGCGUCCCAGGAGUUGUCAGUUCCUGUGCCACACAGGAUCCAUUUCCAUUUUUUGGACAGUGUGCUAAUGAGUGUCUUAUAUUAAAAGGCAUGUACUUUAUUUGGAAGACUUGAGCUUAACGUAAAUCUGAUAAAACUGUAUUAAAAAGUUGAGAAUAAGAGCACUUUAUUCCAUUAGGCCGUAACUCACUAAAAUAUGAAAGGCAACCUGGCAAUUACAGCUUUUCUGUUCUCUUGUGUGGAAGGAGGGAAAAAUGCCUAAAAAGAAGACUGGGGCCAGGAAGAAGGCCGAGAACCGCCGGGAGCGUGAGAGACAACUGAGGGCUUCCCGGGGCACUGUGGACUUGGCUAAACACCCGUGUAACGCCGCAAUGGAAUGUGACAAGUGUCAAAGACGACAGAAGAAUAGAGCGUUUUGCUACUUUUGUAAUUCUGUACAGAAGUUACCAAUUUGUGCACAGUGUGGGAAAACAAAGUGCAUGAUGAAGUCUUCUGAUUGUGUCAUAAAGCAUGCUGGUGUGUACAGUACUGGCCUUGCAAUGGUGGGUGCAAUAUGUGACUUCUGUGAAGCCUGGGUGUGCCAUGGGAGGAAGUGUCUCAGCACACAUGCGUGUGCCUGCCCCCUAACUGAUGCUGAGUGUGUUGAGUGUGAGCGUGGUGUCUGGGAUCAUGGCAGAAUAUUCAGUUGCUCUUUUUGCCAUAACUUUCUCUGUGAAGAUGAUCAAUUUGAGCAUCAAGCCAGCUGCCAGGUUUUAGAAGCAGAAACAUUUAAGUGUGUUUCAUGUAAUCGGCUUGGUCAGCAUUCCUGUCUUCGUUGUAAGGCUUGCUUCUGUGAUGAUCAUACAAGAAGCAAGGUGUUUAAACAAGAAAAAGGAAAACAACCACCUUGUCCUAAAUGUGGGCACGAAACUCAGGAGACCAAGGAUCUCAGCAUGUCAACGCGCUCCUUGAAAUUUGGCAGGCAGGCUGGAGGUGAAGAGGGUGACGGAGCUUCUGGGUAUGACGCUUACUGGAAGAACCUUUCAUCUGACAAAUACGGGCAGAGCAGCUACCACGAAGAGGAGGAGGAGGAAGAGGGUGAAGCAGAGGAUGAUGAGGAAGAAGAAGAUGAAGGUGGAAAGGAUUCAGAUGCUGAAUCAUCAGAUCUGUUUACAAACUUGAACUUAGGAAGGACCUAUGCCAGUGGCUAUGCUCACUACGAGGAGCAAGAGAACUAGGGCAGCGGCUCGGCCCUUGCAACCGUGUGUCCGGGGAGUGGGAAGAUGUGUGUGCUUGAUGUGCUGUGAGCAGAGGUUCAGAAUGAGAAGACUGACCCACUUACUGGGCCAGCGUGGAGCACAUGGCAUUUUUAUAGGAACUGAUAAUCAAGCUUAAAACACAAAACAAGGUUCAAAUGUAAGAUGUUUAUGGAUAAGCAAAUAAAGCAUCAUGGAUUAGCUUAUUAAUGAUCUCAGUAGUCUAGUAGGUUUGCCAAUUAGAUCCAUUUAUAUAGGAUAAAGGAAUAGCUCAGUAAUAUAUUUACUUGAAAUUACUGGUUUUAUUUAAAAAAACUGCUUAAAAAUUCAUUGUAUCAGAUUUUAUAAAAUGUAUUGGAUAAAUGGAUGACUGUAUUUUUGAUUUUAUGUCUGUUCACAAAAUAAGUAUUGCUAAAAUUAAAUUUUCAUUAAAUCUUAUGUUAUCUUAAGUAGAUAUGAUUUUUAUCAAUUGACUCAUUCCAUCUCUUCACAGUGUGUGUUUGAACUGUCUAAAUGUAUUUAAAAAGGUGUCUACUUACCAUUUUUAGAUAUAAUAUCAUUACAGAUGUCUUACUCAGGAACCUUUAUUUCUUUUUGAAUAAAUUAGUAUUUCUCAUA